CGGACGGACACAAUAAUCCCCUGUGGGCUGGUGUAACCAGGAGGUUCCAACCAGUAUAACUUGUGCUACCUGCGGCAAUGUUGCUGUCCUGGCUUCCAUUGCUGCCACCAACAUCCAGCAGCUCAUCUUCCCUCCCAAGAUCCAUCAAGUCGUGAGUCUGCAGCUGGGCCGACGCCGCUCUUGUGAUUGCACCUGUUGACAACGGACCACCUGGUUGCAAUCUCUGCCUGACAUGAGCCACAUCUGCAAACAUGGACUGGUUCCGGCGAUAGGGAGGCAACAGACUCUAGGGGCAAGUGCUGUUAGCGAGCACCUAUUAAGGGUGGGACGGCACACGAGGGGGUGGGUGGCCAGCACCACGCCCGGCCGCCUUUGUCUCCCCAGUGGCGAUGUUGACACACCGCACUCGUUUGAGGCUGAGUCGACGUAGGGGAGGCUCAGGACCGGUUCAGAAAGUCGUCACUGGCAGUGUUGGCCACGAGCGGGAAUGGAACUCGGCUGGUCGGUGCGGAGCGCAGCGCUCACCACGACACUGCCGCUCCCCUUCUGUCAACAAACUUGAACUCCGACCCCGCCCUCUGACGUCACCGCUCAGCGUGACCUCAUCGGCGUCAAACGCCAGGGGGAGGUGUGCCCUGCUAGUGACGUCAUGUCACCCACCCCCCACCACCGCACUCUUGAGCGUGACGUCAUCUCCGCUCGGCCGGUAACUGGCGACUCAUUAACAUAAUGUAUCGUGAAAGCCGUCGCGAGUUGAGAGCCGCUCAUUGUGGGAGGGGAGUGUCAUCGUACCCCGCAAGUGACGUCAUGUCACCUGCUGCCGCGUGACGUCGCGAGGGACCAGGAAGUUGCCGCUCCGCCCGUGAACUGAAAUCCGAGGUGAGAAAUUCUCAUCGCUGUUGUGGUGGUGGUUGUUGUUGUGGUGGUUGUGGUGGUUGUUGUGGUGGUUGUUGUUUAUUGACGUAGAGCCUCACUCUCUCUCUCUCUCGUUGGGAUGUUAAUUGAGUAGCAGCGAGCAUGGAAGCGAUGUCCAGGUUGGAACUUAUCAACUUGGGGCCUUGCCUCCUGCCCUCGCCUGAUCGCGUUUGCUUCAAUUAUCUCGCUUAAGUUGAAUUUGUCUUGACCCGGCUCGCCACUUUGUAACUUUGUUUUACUUUAAAUAUUAACACAGUUUUUAUUUUUACCAGGCCAAGCCCGCUUGAGCUGCUAUACCGCUCUUGUUUUCAGAAGUGACCUGCCCACAACAACAACAAGGCCAAGCCCGCUUGAGCUGCUAUACCGCUCUUGUUUUCAGAAGUGACCUGCCCACAACAACAACAAGGCCAAGCCCGCUUGAGCUGCUAUACCGCUCUUGUUUUCAGAAGUGACCUGCCCACGACAACAACAAGACGCGUGGCGGUGUUCACUCUCGACGCGUGGUGGUGUUCGCUCUCUGCAUGUGGAGUGGGGACAACCGGGAGAUCCGGAGGGAAAUCCACACGACCACGGGGAGAGAGAGAGAGAGAGACACCUGUCGCUUCCUCUGCAGAAUUGGUCUGAUGGAGCAAAGGCACUCGGCGCGGCUCGGUGCAAAAAGGCAACAAUGCGACCUGCGUGCCAACAGCACAGAUCGUACUGAACAUUUGACACAGCACCAGAGAACUCACACAGCAGAGAAACCCGUCAAGUGCAGUGUGUGUGGGAAAACGCUUGCACAGUCAUCUACUCUUGUAAAACACCAGAGAACACACACGGGAGAGAAACCCUUCAAGUGCAGUGUGUGUGGGAAGGCAUUUUCACAGUUAGCUACUCUUGUAGCACACCAGAGAACACACACGGGAGAGAAACCCUUCAAGUGCAGUGUGUGUGGGAAGGCAUUUUCACAGUCAACUAAUCUUGUAGCACACCAGAGAAUACACACGGGAGAGAAACCUUUCAGGUGCAGUGUGUGUGGGAAGGCGUUUGCACAGUCAUCUACUCUUAACAAACACCAGACAACACACACGGGAGAGAAACCCUUCAAGUGCAGUGUGUGUGGGAAGGCGUUUUCACAUUCAGCUAAUCUUGUACCACACCAGAGAACACACACGGGAGAGAAACCCUUCAGCUGCACUCUGUGCGGGAAGUCGUUUGCACUUUCACCAAAUCUUCAAAGACACCAGAGAACACACAAGCAUCAGAAGAUCCACAAGGAGUGGAGUCUGAAAUCAGCUUGUGAAAGUCAAAGUGCCGCAAUGAGCCCAUCCCUCAUCAAACAAGAACCAGAAGAAAAUCCCAGCUUGGACACUUUUAAAGGUAUCGAGGUGAAAUGUGAAGAAGUGAUGGUGAAGAGUGAAGAAGUGAUUGUGAAGAGUGAAGAAGUGAAGGUAAAAUGUGAAGAUAAAGAUACAACUCCAAAAUCGGACCUUCACAUCGAUGGAGGCAACGUGAAGCAGGAGGAGACUUCUGACUGCGCGGCAGAGCGAGGCAACUCCCAGCAGUUUGUGGAAGUGGAGGUGUGGGUGGACUUCCUCCGAGACAAUACAAAGUCAAAUGGAGACCCGGGAGAUGUGUAAGCUUGAGACGAUGUUGCUCCAAUAGAUGCACCUUUUGUCACAGACCUUUAAUGACAAGAAAUAAGUUGAACACUCAAUUCCUAGGUUCAACUUGCAGGGUAAGAGCGGCCAGUCUUUAUGGACCUGUGGGUUGGGUAGAUCUCUAACCAGGAGCGAGAGCCAAUAAGCUCCCAAGCAUUCACUUUGUUCUAAUAAUUCAUUUACUAGCAGUCGCCGCCCGCUUCGCGGGCGGUGUGUAUAUGCUUGGUUGGUGGGGAGUUGAAAGUGGCUGGACACAAUAGACAUGUUUUGGUGAUUGUUUUAUGUUUUUAGAUUUGAAGCUUUCGUGACUGCAAGGAUUCAUAUUCUUAGGUUUUUUUGGUAAAGUCACGUAGGUAAAACAUUAAAAUUAAUAAAAGUAAAAUAAAAUAAAAAUCACGACGUUUCGGAGGCAACACAAGCUUCCGUCUUCAGGUGGAACCGUCACAGCCACGACAGCUGUAUCAAGUAAAUGAGAGAUUGCAAGAGCUACCACUCCGUAUAUAUAAUGGUUGGAGAGGGGGGAAGGGCCAAGUUCAGCACACUUUUUAUUCAUAUGGUAAGGUGAGGAUUAAGAGGGUGAGCCUUUGUUAUGGAGAGGUACGGUUUGUGACUAAGCCUGGCCUACAUAACAAUAGUGUGAAAAAAGAAACAACUAAACAUGGUAAAACAAGCCUGGCUGUCUAUCAAUAACCUGUAAUAGUUGUCUGUCAAAUAAGACAAACAUAAGAUCCAAGUCCGAUUCAGUACAGUGCAUAAAAUCCGUGAUCUGAUUUCAUCUCUGAAGGAUGUCGUUCCUGACUUACAGUAUCCUGGAGUCUACAAAUUGAGUUGCAUUUGUGGUGAUUGAUACAUUGGAGAAACGAAACGUCAUGUUUCUGAUCGUGUCCGCGAGCACAAGUCCGAUCUGAAACACGGCAGAACUGAUUCUUCGGCCGAUGCCGAUCAUUGCUACAACUCUGUGGGCUCUCAUGAAAUUGUAUUUUCCGAGACCAAGGUUCUCUGCAAACCUGGCUACCAUCAAAGGUUUGUACACGAAGCCAUACAAAUUACAAACUGAGUAAUCAUUGGAAAGAUGUGAUUAACCAUGCAAAAAAGAUUUAACUACACUUAUUUGCCAAUCUUAUUUGACUGACAACCAUCACAGUUUUUACCAUGUUUAGUGGUGUCUCCCUGUUACAGGUUGUGUUACAAACCGCACCUCUCCAUAACAAAGGCUCAGCCUGUGCUACUACUCGGUGGGCUCAACCAUUAUUAUGCAGUCUAUUCUUAGUCUUAAGCCUCACCUUACCAUAUUAAUAAAAGUAUGCGGCCCUUGCCCCACCACCAUCUUCAACCAUUAUAUAAAUGGAGUGGUAGCUCCUACAAUCUCUCAUUUACUUGAUACAGACGUCGUGGCUGUGACGGUACCACCUGAAGACGGAAGCUUGUGUUGCCUCCGAAACGUCGUGAUUUUUAUUUUAUUUUACUUUUUAAUGUUUUUACCUACGUGACUUUACCGAAAAAACCUAAGAAUACAGUUAUGAUUAAACAAAGUAAACAUUAGUCGCUCAUCCCAGCUUAGACAUGAUCAUUGCAAUUAUUUACAAAUCCGUGUCGGGUCCCACGAGAACAGGGCACGUCAACAAACUCUCAAAUUGUAAACUCACAUUGCAUACUCUAACAUUAUAAACUCUAACAAUAUAACCUUUAAACUAUGAGCUAUGCAUUGUAAUGCUUUAAAAUAACACUACAAACUAGUGUUAUAGUAACCUAUAAUGUUGUGAACUCUAACAAUAUAAGCUAUAAGCGAUACAUUUUAACGCUAUAAAAUAACAUCAUAAACUAGUGUUACAGAUUAGAACACCGUACAUUGAAGUGUGAUAUUCGAAUUCGAAUUCUUAGCUUCACACCGUGGUUCUCAAGGGAAUCACACUUGGUUCGUCAAUAUGUAAACAUGUUUGUAUGUAACAUGUAUGCAUGUAACAUGUAUGUAUGUAAUAUGGACGUGCGAACCAAUGGUGGGAUAUGUGAAACGGAAGGUGCAGGAUCAGGAUGGGAUUAAAAUUAUUUGAAUAACACAUUGGCAGUAUUAGGAUCAAGCUGCCCACUAUUGGUUGAAUGUUCCAUCUCAAUGGGCAUCAAAUAGCAAUAUUCAGUAUGAAUAUAUAAAUUAAUCGCACAAACCCAAUAUUAGCCCGUGAAAUAAUGAAUCGUUAAAAUUGUAAUGACUCCGGACUCAGACUGCAGAGGGUUCUUUUAUUUAGCAUUUAACCUCGUUACUCCCGCCUCUCCCAUUCUCGGCGGAAUGAUACUUUAACGCGUUGGUAUUCCUGGAACUGAUAUGGUUUGCAUUGUACUGUAACUGUUUGAACAUAGGCCAUAUUAAACAUUAGGUUUUUAACAAA